CAAAAUGGCAGCACAUUUUACUAAAACAUUAGCCACAAGGUUAAAACUGAUUAAAAUAUCAACGAGAUCCCUGUCAUUUUCAGCCAGAAGAUGUAUGUUAUCAGAAGCCUACAAGUGUCAAGAUGCCUGGACUCAACGACUGAAUUCAGACUAUUUACAAAAAGUAGAUUUAAAUGACUUUGCUGUAGAUUUAAGAAGUAAAUUUGAUAAAUCUAAGGCAAUGUUAGUGGAUAUGAAUGUGCUGGCAAACAAAUUACAUGAAAUGGAGAAAGGUGAUGCACUGUAUAUGGAGGAUUUAAUCAGAAAGUAUCGACAGUCAUCUGUCAGUGUACCUGUUAAUGAUUGUAUUGUCUAUGCUAUAGUUCGUGCCUAUCUAGAUCUAGGAAUAGCUGAUAGACUUAUAGAUCUGAUGAAAAACAAGAGUAUGUAUGGUAUAUUUCCCAAUCCCCAUGCAGUUAAUUUAAUCAUGGAUCAUUUCAUUAAAAACAAAGAUUACAAUGCAUCCUCCCAGAUAGCCUAUGAAAUGAUGUUACAAGAUGAUUUCAGCCACCCUAUCACCUAUUUAUUAUCAUUACAUAGCUGUGUCAAUCAUUAUAAUGACAUUAGCUUAGACCCGCCCCCAGAACCAGAGGUCAACCCAGAUGAGGAAGAAGACUGGAUACCAGUUGGUAUUAUCCGAUAUAUCGUGUACGAUGAUCACUUUGAUAUAAAAGACGAAAGGUUUCUAAUGGGUAAAACUCUGUAUACACUAGGAAGAAAUUGUGCUGAGGAUUCAAUACUCAGUCAAAGUCUACAGUUCUUAGGUCUAGGCUUGUAUCAGAAGUUUGAGAAGGGAAUGAAUCUACUGGAGAAAUGGGCAGAAUCGAAAGACAACACUCUAGUAGCAGAAGAAGCUGUUUUAAAAUUUGAAGAAAGUCUAGAGAAAGCUGAAACCAGGAACCCGGAAGAACCACCGAAAGAUUUAGGUCUAAGAACAAUGGCUGACGCUGUGAGGGAGUUCAGGAUUACUAAUGAGGAAAAACAGGAUUAUAUUACAAGAUUUAAGAAGCUAAAGUCAGAACUUUCUAACAGAAUAAAGGAAGAUUCCCUAGAAACAAGGGUGGAAACUUUAGUGAAAAAUGUAUCAAAAUAUGAGGAAACUGACAUUAAAACACAAACUGAACUGUUUUCAAUCUGGAUUGAAGAUCGUGACAGACAAAUAAAACAACAAAUCUGGGAAUACAAACGACAAGAAAAAGAAAAAGAAAUUGAGACCAAAUUGAAAGAAAUUCAAACGAAAGAAGAAAUGUUGAGAUUUUUUGAGAAUCGUGAUCGCAUUAUCUUGUCGAAGCGUGGAAUUCGACCUGAAGUUGGAGAACAAGAAGAAUUGGAUAUUGACACCAUUCAAGCCAUACGUAAAAAACGUCGUCAAUUUAGAACAUAAUAAAAUUAU